AUUUCCGUUAGAUGGUAGCACACACUUCAAAGCAAAUAAAUUUGCGCGCCCUGUCACCUGAUACUCCCUCUCGCGGCGCUUUGUCAUUACUCAUUUGUGUGUCGGAUGGUGCACAUCGUUUUCGGAAAAUGGGUAGUAAAAAAAACGGAAACGCAGUUCGUCUUCGAGCUCAUCGGACUCGUCGGAGGGCUCUGACCUGGUCGUCAUUCGCAAACAACUCAAGAAGGCCCUAAAAGACGUCAAACGCCUUACCGGUAAGAAAAGGUUGAAAGAAAAUCGCCGCCAUUAUAGUACACGUAACCAACCACGUGGAAGCGAUACCAGCUCAAAUCGCUCCUCAAGCAGCAAGGGGGAACGUUCCACAUCUCCGGACUCGGAGAAAUCAGUGCAGGGGAAUGAGGAGGAUAAAACCCUCAAGAAAUUGCCGCCAGAAAUCCGGAAAAUGCUGGGAUCUCAAAGCCCCCCAUCGGAAAUGAUGGGAAAACCCAUUCACGAAGAAGUGGCGCAAGUUUGGGAGCAAACCUUGCAGAAAGGCCUGGACACGGAAGAAAUCAAAGAUUUGUUACAAAAAUAUCCUCCAAUCGCAAAUUGUAAGUUGGUCCAAGCCCCAAAAUUGAAUGCGGAAGUGAAAAGGGCCAUAACGCAGCAGCAUUCCGAACGGGACGAGAGACUUGCCCACGUGCAAGCUCAAUUGGGCGCCGCAAUGGGGGCGGUUGGUACUGCCCUUACUUUCUGUCUUCAAGAAGAAGGAGGGACCACCUCACAGCUAAUCGAGUUACUGGGUGACGCGGGGAAACUCCUGGCCUCCGUCCACUUUGCUGAGUCCCAAUCCCGUAGAAUCCUGGCUUCAGCAGGCAUUAAUAAAACCUUUAAAUCAACACUGACGGAAACACCGGUCGACGGGUGGCUUUUCGGUGAUAACCUUAGCGAGCGUAUGAAGACGACUCGCGCCCUCGAAAAGACAUCCGAGGAAUUAAAGAUACCUAAAGCAAAGAUCAACACCGGAAAGACUCAAUAUAAUUUAAACUCGAAGAGUCUGCCUCGCCAAUACUCCCAGAGCCGAGGCAGACACAAUCAAUCGCGGAGCAAACGACAACCGAAGACGGGGAGAGAAGACCAAACGCGACGCAAUCCUUAUUAUCGGCCUCGAACGUCGAGAACCGAACCUCCGAGGAGGAAACAUUAAAGGUAGGGUCGUACUGCGGUCGCUUAAAGUUUUUCACCGAUCAAUGGCGUCAAAUAACUUCGGACCCUACCAUUUUAUCAUGGACACAGGGGUACGCCAUACCCUUUCACCAAAAACCGUAUCAAGAAAGACCUCCAAAAGAACGCGACUGGUCUUUCAAGGAGAAAUCUAUCCUUCAAGUUCAGCUAAACAAAUUACUAGAUUGUGGAGCAAUUCGGCAGUGCACGGCCGAGCCAAAGCAGUUUGUAUCAAAUGUUUUUCUUGUGCCCAAGAAAAACGGUGCUAGUAGGUUAAUUCUUAACCUAAAACAGCUCAAUCACUUUGUAGAAACCACCCACUUUAAAAUAGAAGACCACAAGGUGGUUUGCAAAUUGCUUUCUCGAAACUGCUUUAUGGCGGUGAUAGAUCUUAAAGAUGCUUAUCAUCUCAUUCCCAUCCAAAAGUGCCACAGAAAAUAUCUUCGCUUUACCUUCCUAGGUAGACUUUAUGAAUAUACCUGUAUGCCGUUCGGCCUCAGCACAGCACCGUAUGUCUUCACCAAAUGAAACCCCUAGUAGCGUAUUUAAGAUCUCACAAUCUUCUGUCGGUCUUAUACCUCGACGAUUUCUUGCUAAUGGAUAACUCAUAUUUGCAAAGCUUACACAACAUAUCAAUGACCUGCAAAAUGUUGGAAGGACUGGGUUUUCUUAUUAACUAUGAAAAGAGUCAAUUGACUCCCAAUCAGACAGUUCGUUAUCUCGGUUUCAUCUACGACAGUUCCAAUAUGACGGUGAGACUUCCGCUAGACAAACAACAAUGUAUCACUAAGCUUGCAAAGAAGGUUAAAAGACAGUCGCAAUGCUCAGUUAGGGAGUUCGCAAAAAUGAUUGGUACGUUAGUAGCUGCAUGUCCGGCUAUUAGCUAUGGUCAGUUGUAUACAAAGUCAUUAGAACGAGCUAAAUAUUUAGCGUUGAAGAACACUCACGGCAAUUACAGUCAAAUUAUGUUCAUUCCGCAAUAUGUUAGGGAGGAUCUUAACUGGUGGGAGGUCCAUAUUUCUUCCCGCAAGUCUCUUUUGCCCCCAAAAUUUGUACUAGAAAUUUUUAGUGACGCCUCGCUCUCAGGCUGGGGGAUCUUUUGUGGAGGGGAGUCCACACAUGGUCAUUGGAAUGAAAAAGAAAGAUCAAAACAUAUUAAUUUUCUGGAGCUGUUGGCAGCAAGCUUUGGUCUCAAAUGUUUUGCUAAAAACCUAUCGGGGUGUUGCGUUCUUCUGCGGAUUGACAAUACUACAGCAGUCGCCUAUAUUAACAGAAUGGGGGGUGUUAAACACCCACAUCUUCAUGCGUUGGCCAAAGAAAUUUGGCAGUGGUGUGAAGAACGAAAAUUGUGGAUAUUUGCAUCCUAUAUCAAAUCCUCUCAUAACACCGAAGCCGAUUGGGAGUCUCGGCGGUUAUCUCCGGAAACAGAAUUUGAAUUGGCACCAUACGCCUUCAGAAAGAUUUGCACAUUUUUCCAAAUUCCCGAAGUCGAUUUAUUCGCGUCUCGCAAUAAUACUAAGUGUAGAAGAUUCUUUUCCUGGUUCCGAGACCCAGAGGCAGAAGUAGUGGAUGCCUUUACGGUCCCCUGGACAGACUUAAAAUUUUAUGCUUUCCCCCCUUCUCCUUGGUAGCUCAUUGUCUACAAAAAAUUGUUUCUGACCGAGCACGAGGCAUUCUAGUGGUGCCAUACUGGCCAACACAGCCUUGGUUUCCAAUUUUUACAUCACUUCUCAGAAAAGAGCCAAUUUUCUUUGAACCCGAUACUAACUUACUCCUUACUUCACACAGAGUACCUCACCCUCUGCAUCAGAAGCUUUCCCUGGUGGCAGGACUCUUGUCGAAAAAGGUUUAAGGAAACAAGGCGUCCCUCGCGAAGCUACGAAGGUAACCCUGUCUUCCCUCGCCAAAGGCUCUCUGAAACAAUACACCUGCGAGCUAAAGUUAUGGUGGGAGUUCUGCCAAAGGAAUGGUCACAACUGCUUGGACUUCACGGUUCAAAACAUUUUAACGUUCCUAUCCUGUCGUUUUCAUCAAGGAGCUUCGUACAAUACGCUAAACACGUGCCGCUCUGCACUGGCCUUGCUGUUAUCACCCGAAGUGGGGAAGGAUCAUCGUAUAAAGCGUUUUCUGAGAGGGGUCUACAGAAUAAAACCCUCGAAACCCAAAUAUGACGUAACGUGGGACCCCGCAGUGGUCUUAGAUUAUUUCGAACGCUUGGGGGCCAACCAAGAGUUGAGUUUGGAGCUCAUAACACGGAAAUUGGCUACUCUUAUGGCGCUUGUCACUGCCCACCGAGUACAAACAUUGGCUGCUAUCAGAAUUAAUAAUAUCCUUUUCUCUGCGGAAGGAGUAGAAAUUAGAAUUCCUGAUGUCAUUAAAACAUCUGGUCCCCACAAAUUUCAACCACUGCUAAGACUCCCGAAAUUUAAGAAAAAACCGCUGCUCUGUGUCGUUAGUACUCUUUCAUGUUAUCUCGAAAGAACCGAGCUGCUCCGGUCGUCUGGUGAGACUCGACUGUUUUUGACCCACCGGAAGCCAUUUCAUCCAGCAUCAACGCAGUCUCUGAGUCGAUGGAUUAAAAUGGUGCUAGCAGAAAGUGGAGUGGAUACCUCAAUAUACACGGCGCACAGCACCAGACACGCAGCCACUUCAGCUGCUGCGCGAAAAGGGAUAAGCCUCGAUUUAAUUAGGAAAACAGCCGGGUGGUCAGCAACCUCGAGAGUUUUUGCGACAUUUUAUAAUAAGCCUCUCAUUCAUAAAGAGAUUUUCGCCAAUGCAGUUCUCACGUGAACCCUAUGAAUAUUCCUUUACAUUUUAUACUUAAGGAUUGUUCUUUUUGUUGUAAUGCUACCUUUACCAAUCUUGUAAUUUCUUGUAACAAUAUAGAAAAUUAUUGAGAAAACGA